GAUCUGCCGAGUAGAUAAAGCUACAACAAAAGAGAAAGAAAGAGGGAGCCCACGUGGAUGACGAGCUCUCUCGUGUCGCGAUAGCGAGUCACGCACAUGUGUGUGUGUGUGUGUACAUAAUCGUACACAUACGUCACAAAUGUUUUCCGAACGACAUCGAGACUUUAAAGCUUUGUUUGAUUUAUUUGCUCUCUUUUUCUUUUCCGUGCGCGCGAGAUGUAUACGUGUAUUGAAGCGUGCGUGCUAACGAAAUUCGAUUGGGGUCACGCAUCGCAGUCUUAUUUAGAGACGCGGCCGCCGCCGCCUCGCAAAUCAUCUCUCGCUCCAUAUCUUCACUCUUCAUGACGAAAGGAGAGGAGCGUCGUUCGCGUUUUGCGUAUUGUAUGUAUGUAUACGUGUUCACUGUCGAGGGAUUUAAAUUCGCCAUUCGGUGCAAUCGCCGAGGAACUUAUUGCGUAUGCUGAAAACAUUGACCCUGAGAGAGAGCGCGCUAAUUGCCGCGCGCUAUCUCAUUCCCUCUCGUUUUCCUCCUCCCCCGCCUCCCCCAACCCCGCACUCCAUCUCACUCUAUCUACGUCGCUCAACUACGUGCGUUCCAUCGCGAAGUAAACAACAAACCGAUAUGACAGGCGACUUUACGCCCAGACGUAUUAUCACGCGCGCAUUUCACGAGAGGAACGAAAGAGAGAAAACCGCACACGACGAAGACGAGAUGCAACCGACGUACGGAUUCCACGACGAUGGUGUCACGUUCGCGGAGCUCGGUGGUGGAAUCCCGAUGGCGCCAAAAAAUAAAGAAAACAGUAGACGAAAGAAGCAAAUACAGGAAGACGAGGAUGAUGAAGAUUAUCGAAAGCGACGGGAUCGGAAUAACCAGGCUGUGAAACGAUCCAGAGUGAAGAGCAAAUUACGCACGCAGCAAACCUUGGAACGAGUAAAUCAACUAAAAACGGAAAACGAAUUGUUAGAGGAAAAGAUUAAGAUGCUUACCAAGGAACUUGGAUUUCUCAAGGAUCUCUUUAUUGCACAUGCAGGUAGCAGUCAAAACAUCUCCCUCCAAAAUGUCGACCUAAACGCUAUCCUAGCGGAUGAAAAACCUACGGAAGAUACGCUAAAGGCGAGCACCACUAAGCUGUAGACCAAUACAAGCGCCACGUGAAGAAAUCAACGUGGUAUUAAUUAAAUCUGAACCGCGAGACAGUGUUCUGGCUCGCUCGAUCAAACCGGCACGCGGACAUCUUGGAAAGAUGUUCACUUUAAAUUGAUUUCGAAAAAGAUUCUAGAUGUAAAGAGCGCGUUUUUCGAAGGCUCGCGUUUGAAGUUAUCGGUAUCGUCGGUGAAUUAUCAACAACUAAAUUGACAACUUAUCGAAAACUAAUGGAGGCCAGAGUACGAUCCAUGGUAUGGCCAUGGAAAACUCGCGAUAAAUUCGAGUACAAAAGUAUUCCCUCUAAUCGUAAAUCGAUGGAGUCAAGAAUGAAUAAUCCUUGAUCAAAAUGGAUCAAAACAAGCAAUGAUAAAAGGAUAAGAGGAUAGAAAUAAAUACCAUCAAUAUGUACACGUUGCAUAUAUGAGAGCAUUCACGUUGCGAUCUUUUACAAUAAUUGCGCCUUUAAUAAGGUAUGCUAUUAUGUAAAAAUAAUAAGAAACAAUUUUAUUUUAAACAUCCGUGUAAAUAGAGAAAAGUUGUUAUUAAGAUUUAAUGAUUAUAACAAUAAACAUAAUUUAAUAAUAUACAUGUACGAUAAGUAUAUUGGAAACUGAUAUAUAUAUAUAUAUUAAUCUGUGACUAUUAUUAAAAAUGUUUUUACUUUUGUAGAAGAGCACUUUUGAAAUUAUGAAAUUUUUAAUGAUUGUAAAUGAGCACGUUUACACCGUACGUUUAGUCCGCGACUUAUACACUAUAUUCGAUCCAAACACGAUAGGUCACAACGAUGUAAACACUCGCGAACUUGUUUGGGUCAGGUUACUUUUUUUACGAUCCCUGACCCAUUUUAGGCCACACAACGUAACGCAUGUAAACGGUGGUGCACUAUAAAGCGGGUAAGUGUACCAGCAAAUGCUAAUAGAUGGGUCUGCUUUAUAGCAUACACAUAUAAACUACUUACCUACAUUAGUCCAAACCGUGGUCCAAACUUAUGUAUAGGUCUACACGAUGUAAACAAUUUGUUACUAGCCUACCUUAGAGUAUCGAUCAUGUAAUUUUUCCUCUAGGGCGGAAACGUGAAAAGUGAAAAAUUUUAAGUUACUGUUUCUUUCUAUUCAACACAAUAGAAAGAUAGUUACAUGAAACUUUUCACGUUUCUGCCUUAAGGAAAAAAUUACAUGAUUUCUACCUAAGUCGCCGUAUAGGUCAGGUCGUGCGGUGUAAACUAGGCCAAUAAUUAUUUAAGAUAUUUAAAUGAUUAUUAUUAAAUGACUAGACAUGACAGUUAUUGAUGUUUUUUUUUUAAGUUGACAUUCAGGAUUUAAAUGCAUCUGAAAAUGCCUAUUUACGGAAGUAAAAACAUCUGCGUGCGCAAUUAAGGAGAUGCUAAAGUGUCCGUUAAAUUUGAUUGGGGUCAAUAAUGUAGAGUCAUUCGUGCAUAUCAUUAACAAGAUUUCGUAUGUAUUUCUUUUAUAGAUUCGGAAAUACUUUUCCGCAAUUAAAGUACACGUAUUAAUAUCAUCAUAUGAAUUGGAUUUUAUACCGUAAAUAAACAAAAUGUUUUUCA